CCCACCUCCCUUCAGAAAAUGUAAUCCUCCUCUUUCUGGAAGUGACAAGUUCCCCCUCUUCUAGAGAGGAAGGACUACCUACAAAAUUCCGGCACACGCUGUCCACCGUAGCCAGGUGGCCCAAGGCUGACCAGUUCUCUGUCUCGUCUCUCCUCCUGGACCACAGCGAGUGGCGGCGAUGAAUGGACAGGACUAGCCUGCUUGGCGGCUCCCUCCCCUUGCGGCGCCGCCUGCUGGGCGCUCUGGACACGCUGGGCAGGAGGAAGACGCACCGCUUCCUGGCCACGCUGUUCCUGCAUGAGCUGGCCAACGUGCCGCGCCUCAGCGGCAUCCUGUUCUGCAAAGUGCGCCUGCUGGAAGGCAGCUACGCGCAGGAGUCCCCCCGGCAGGAGGUGCUGCUGAACGCGGUGCACUGGGGGGCGACCUUUGAGUUCGAGGCCAGGGUGUCGGUGAACCCCCACACGGGGGUGCUGGACAGCUGUGUCUGCAGGCUGUCGGUGCGCAAGGAUGUCAAAGGAGGGAAGUCUUUUGAGAAGGUGGGCUACGCGGACCUGGACCUGUCGGAGUUCGCGGGCUCCGGGCUCGUUGCGCGACACUGCCUCCUGGAGGGCUACGGCAGAAAGGCCAGCAAGCCGGACAACUCCAUCCUCAAGGUGGGGGUUCGGAUGCAGCUGCUGGCAGGGGACCCCUGUUUCAGGGUACCUUCCUCCUGUGUUGGCCAUUCGGCCCUGUCUCUGAGCGCACUGCCAUCAUCAGCCUCACCUGAGCACAGCAGCUACGCGCCAGCCUUCUCCCUGGAGACCCUGCAGCGGGAGCGGGAGGUGACGGGCGUGCCCCCGGGCCCCUCGCGCUGGCUGGAGCCCGAGCAGGUGGAGCGGGCGGCGGUGGCGGGGCAGCUGACCCGGGUGGGGCACACCAGGGUGGACGCCCGGGAUGUGGUGGAGCACCUGUGCCGGGAGCGCCUGUCCGCAGAGGCCGACCUCCAGAGCGGUGCCGAGGAUGAGGGAUUGACCUUGUAUGUGGGCUCUGAUGGCACAGCCACAGUGGGACACAGACACGCCCGUCACAGGGACGUCAGUGCUGCAGGCCUGGAGAAAGUGGUUUUCUGAAAAUAAAGGUGCCCGUUGGGCCUGCCCGCA